CGGGCGUGAAGCGCAACCAAUUCAGUAGUACCCAGUGCCACUUUUCCGGCUGUCAAGAAGUUGCGCCAGGAUGAACACCGUCCCAGGUUUAUUGAUUGCCAUUACGCUCCUUUCAUCUUACACUGGUCUGUCACAAACGGUCUGUCCCGAGACACCAGUAUGUGACGAUAGUGUAUGGACCUACCAGCUCGAUGGGUCCUGCAACAAUCUAAACAAUCCCGACUGGGGCACGCCGAACCGACCGUACGCCCGCUUCGUACCGGCCCAAUACACCGACGGCAUCUGGGAGCCGGCCCUGGCCAGCUCGGGCAACCCACUGCCCAAUGCACGCCAGCUGUCGCUUCAUCUUUUCGGUGAAACGGAAAUGCAGCAUCCGCGAAACACACUUGUAAGCAUGCAGUUCGGACAGUUUGUAGCGCACGACCUGAGCUUUACAGCGGAUGCUGACGGCAUACAGUGCUGUGCCGACGGGAAGAUGGUCCCGAAGGCACUUGCCUCCCCGAGAUGCUUUCCCAUCGAGGUGGCCGACGAUGAUCCAGUGCUGGCCGGCGAAGGCAUUCAGUGCAUGAAUCUGGUGCGCACUAAAACCACACUGGAGGACGCUUGCUCGUCCCUGGCAGCCGGUGAAGAGUCAGCGGAGCAAUUAUCCUCAGUCACUGCCUUUCUGGACCAGUCCGUGGUGUACGGGAACUCGCUGGAGCAGACCAACAGCUUGCGUACCUUCAGCCGGGGACAAUUGCAGGCGGAGACACGCAACGGCAAGCAGUGGCUGCCGGUGCAUCCCAACAAAACGACCACCUGCGUGUCGAAGGAUGCCGCCGACGACGCUUGCUAUCUCACCGGGGACGUUCGCUCGAAUCAAAGCCCGCACCUAACGCUGCUCCAUCAGGCGUUUCACCUGGAGCACAAUCGGUUGGCACGUGAGCUGGCCGACCUAAACGCCAGCUGGGACGAUGAGACGGUAUUCCAGCAGGCACGCAAGCUUAACAUUGCCCAGUACCAGCGGAUCGUUUACUACGAAUGGUUGCCGAUUUACCUCGGGGCGGAAAAUAUGCGAACGGCCGGCGUACUGCCCGCGCUGGAGUUGCCCGGCUUUGCCGACGACUACGAUGCCUCGGUCGAUCCAACGGUGAGCAAUGCGUUCGCAACGGCUGCAUUCCGAUUCUUUCACAAUCUUAUUGCCGGUCACUUGGACUUGAUAGCGGAAUCGAGGCAGCCGACGGGAUCGAUCCGUCUGUCCGAUUGGUUCAACAACCCUUCGGUGCUGGAAAAGGAUGGCAAUUAUGAGCAACUGUCCCGGGGGAUGAUCUACCAACCGCACGAUCGUCCAAAUCAUCAUCUCACUCCGGAGGUGAAGCAUUUCCUCUUCCGACACGGUGGACCGGUCGGAGUUGAUCUGAAAGCGAUCGACAUCCAGCGCGUACGGGAUCAUGGGCUGGCCUCCUACAACGACUAUCGCGAGUACUGUGAGCUGGGCAGGGUAACGAGCUGGGAAGAGUUUAACAAUGUGCUGAGAACUCCUGCCAUGGUGAGGUCACUAUCGGAACAGUACGAGUCAGUUGAUGACGUAGAUCUGGCCGUUGCGGGAGCACUGGAACGUCACCAUGGCGAUGGAAUGCCGGGCGAAACGUUCGCUUGCCUGCUGCUGGAUCAGUUCCGCCGUACGCGGGUGGGCGAUCGGUUCUACUUUGAGAAUGACAACGUGUUUAGCUCGCGCCAACUGUUCGAGGUGCGAAAGGCGUCCAUGGCACGGUUGCUGUGUGACAAUACGCACGGACUGAAAGAGAUACAGAGGAAUGCAUUUUUCCUCGUGAGCGAGAGCAAUCCGGUGAUUCCGUGUGACCAAAUUUCAAAGGUGAAUUUAACCCGAUGGCGUUGAGAAGAAAACGCUCGUGUGUGCAUACAAAUGCGUGAUUUCUAGCCGAUUAAAAUAAUGUUCAAACCCAACUCCACUUAAUAAAUUGUAAUGCAUUUAAAAUGAAA